CUUGCGUGUUUUUGCGAAUAUACGCGACAUCGCAGACCGUUUGGCAUCAUCUCCGUUGGUUCCUCUCCUUUCUUCUGGUAUGCAGCAGUACUGCUUUUAGAUGUUUUAAUAACUGUGACGACCUUCACUCUCAAAGCCAAAGUUCGCAUCACUUCUCUAUGGUUACAGGAUGCGCAGUUGUCUGGAAGUCGCUUGCCGGUUCUGCCGGAUGAGAUGAUGAAAAUCGAAGGUGGCCAGCCAAUCGUUGUUUGUUUCAAGGAAAGAAAACCGGAAUCAGUUGUCCUGCCGGUAUAUGUCAUGACGGAUCGCACAAUGCACCGGAAGCCGCGGCCGUUCGACCUUAGUGGAUCGGCACAAAUGACGCCGCCCUCCACUACUCCUGAUAUUCCUGUGUCAUCUCCGUCCGCACGUGGAGUUAGCAGCAAGAAGUCAGUCACCGUACCAACCUCCCAAGAAGCGGUCGCAGAGGGCAGCAGCAGGAAGCAGCAGGAUACGGCCAAAGAGAAGCGUGCAAGUCCCAAAGAAGAUGAAGAAGGUAAGUGUAUGGUUAAACGGGAAGCGAAACGUGGCCUGUGA